UUUACUCCCACGCCAUUUGUUAGCUCGGCUGUACCAUUUGUACGCUUUUACUCUAUGCAUCAGUUUAAGUUCACCUACAAAUCUAAGAAAAGAGUAUCUCUGUCGUAGCUACCACGUGUUACAAGCAACACACAAAACAUUUUCAUAUAUAGAACUCAUCGGUUAUCACUUCGACUGAUACUUUACAAUGGAUAACCGGUGGAGUCUCCAAGGUAUGACUGCUCUUGUAACCGGUGGAACCAAGGGAAUUGGAUAUGCGAUAGUGGAAGAACUUGCUGGUUUUGGUGCAAGAGUUCACACUUGUGCUAGAGAACAAACUCUGCUUGACGAAUGCUUAAAUGAAUGGAAAGUGAAAGGGUAUCAAGUCACUGGCUCAAUGUGUGAUGUUUCCUCUCGACCACAGAGAGAUGAGUUGAUGAAGACAGUCUCUUCUCUAUUCAGUAGCAAACUCAACAUCCUUAUCAACAAUGUUGGUACCCUUGUGUCAAAGCCGGCUACAGAAUUUACAGCACAAGAUUUCUCAAGUCAAAUAGCUACCAAUUUGGAGUCUGCUUUUCACUUCUCUCAACUGGCCCAUCCUUUACUUAAGGCCUCUGGAUGUGGUAGCAUCGUGUUCUUGUCUUCAGUAUGUGGGGUUGUCUCAUCUGGUUUAGUAUCCAUAUAUAGCUUAACAAAAGGAGGCAUGAAUCAACUUGCAAGAAACUUAGCAUGUGAAUGGGCAAGUGAUGGCAUAAGAGCUAACUCUGUUGCUCCUUGGAUGACAAAAACUUCUCUUGUCCAAAGACGUCUUGAUGACGAGAAAUAUGCUGAAGCUAUCUUCUCAAGAACUCCAUUAGGCCGUGUAUGUGAGCCACGAGAGGUUGCCUCGUUGGUUGCGUUUCUUUGUCUCCCUGCAGCUUCUUAUAUGACAGGACAAACCAUUUGUAUUGAUGGAGGUUUCACUGUUAAUGGCUUCUCCUACAAGCCAGAGGUUUAAACUCUAUAAACACUUCCUAAACAACAAUGAUGUAAUAGUGUAUGAAAAGUUAUGUUAUUGAUUUUGCUGGUGAAACUUCUAUUACUUGUUCCA